AUGGCAGAUCAGAAGGAUGUUGCUGUCGAGUGGCCCGGAGUAGAAAAGCAAGGUGUCUCCAGCUCAAUAGACAAGGCAGCAGAGUAUCUUGCUCAAAGUGCUGGCUUUGACUCAUUGCCUCCCGAAGAAGAGAAGGCAAUGAUCUGCCUUCAAAAGCUUUCUUCGGACGUGCUGUUUGUCACACAAAACAUUUCAUUGCGGCACUUUGCCAGGGCUCAGGAUACCCUGUUCCAGAGCGCCAUCGAGGGCCACGUCCUGGUCAAGAACGACAACGCUCUCCCUCUCAAACCUCGUAAGUAUCUCGGCGUCUUUGGCAACGAUGCAAAAAUGCUAGGUAGCAUGAGCGAGACUUCGACCAUCUACAUGGACACCCCGGCCUUUGUCAACUUCACCAUGUGGUGCGGUGGCGCUCGCGAGUACCACACGCAGAUCUCGCGGGACUUUGAAUCACAGGACCUUACUGCCGAUGCUACUGUUGACGCCUGCCUCGUCUUCUUGAACGCAUUCACCAAACAAGGUGCCGACCGCAAUGUGCUGAGCGGAACCUAAAGUGACGUGCUCGUCAAGAAUGUCGCGUCCAACACUAUUGUUGCUAUCCACAACUCGGGCGUUCGCUUGGUGAACGAGUGGAUCGACUGCGGGAAUGGCACAGAAUUCAUCUAUGCACACAGGCCAGGACAGUAUACUGGAGGGUGAGAAGUUGAGUGAAUAAUAUGCGCAACUCUACGCUACUCAAGACAAAUGACUCGGACUCCUAUGUCGCAAUUGUG